AUGAGAAUAUGUUUCUGUUUCAAAUGUGGAAAAGAACAACACGCAGCCAGGGAGUGCAACAAUGAAGAAUAUUGUCCAUUAGGUGAUACUGACGGCCAUAGGACUGGCACAAACAAGUUCGAAGCGUUUGAAAAAGCAUUAGGUUGGGCAAGACAUAUAGAGAGGCAAGUAAGCCGACAAACGUCUCAAAUGGGCGAAAAUAAUAGUGGACUUGACAACAAUAAGGAAAGACAGGAGGAUAACAAUAUGGAAACUACCGAAGAGGCUAAUAAGGAAACCAUGGAGGAAACAGAAAUUGAACAAAAUAUUGCAGCAUUUGCACAAAUCAUGGAAGAGGCACAAGGGACAAUAAAAACCAUAGAAAACCUAGAAACAGAACAGUCCUCCUCCGAACAAGUAGCUUAUUUCUCUUUAACAUCAAAAAUGAACACGUUGAGUGACUCUCAGGAAAACUCAUCAAACGAAACCAAGGAAAACCAAGGUGAUUAG